AUGCCUUUUCUCCUGUCUUUCCCUACUGCCAUCUUUCUUCUUCUCAUUCCUGGAGUUUUUCCAGAAUCCCGUAAGGGAAUUAUAGGAGGAAGCGAAGUGGCACCUCAUGCGAGACCCUACAUGGCUCUCAUCAAAGGGCUGGUGAUCUGCUCGGGGGCUUUGAUCAAAGAAAACUGGGUGCUGACGGCUGCUCACUGUGACCUGAAGGGAAACACCCAAAUUAUUCUUGGGGCCCAUUCUGCAUCCCAUAAAGAGAAACUUGAACAAGUAUUUUCCAUUAGAAAGGCAAUUUCCUUUCCAUGUUAUGACCCACAGUCAUUUGAAGGAGAUCUUCAACUUCUUCAGCUGGACCGUAAAGCAGUUAGAACCAAAGCUGUAGAAAUACUUCACCUACCCAAAACAGGAGAGGAUGUCAAACCCCACACCAAGUGUCGUGUGGCAGGAUGGGGAAGUACCAAAAAAGACUCAUGCAAAGUUUCAAAUAUUUUGAAAGAAGUCAACAUCACCGUGAUAGACCGAAAAAUAUGCAAUAAUGCAGAGCAUUACAAUUUCAAGCCGGUUAUUUCAAACAGCAUGAUCUGUGCUGGCGGAAAAACAGGCGAAGACGAUUCAUGUGAAGGGGAUUCUGGAAGUCCUCUGAUAUGUGAUAACAUUUUCAGGGGUGUCACCUCCUUUGGGAAGUGUGGUGACCCCACAAAACCUGGCAUCUACAUUCUCCUUACAAAUAAACAUCUCGAAUGGAUAAGGAGAACCAUUACAGGAGACAUAUGACAUCCUUUCUUCAAAAAAGACAACUGAGGUAACCACCAGAUGUCAAAUGGGGUUUAAACUUGAUUUCAACAACCGUCACAAGUGAUAGCCCAUCUGAAACAGUCAUCAAUAAAGAAACAGCUUCCUGCUUCCACUCCUAUGUGAUCACUAAGACUGCAGCUUCCCACUAUUUUCUAUCCAUGGCCAAAGAUGCCCCUCAAGAAAAGUUCUUCAAUUCAGGAACCCUUUGCUUUAUUCAAAAUUUGAGGACUGUCACUUUGUUUGCUGUGAAAAAGCAGCAGAUUCCAGGAAAAGAAUGGUCUUCAUCCUUCUAAAUGCAGUUCCAAAAUAUCUGUGGCCCUUAGAAUUCAGACUUCUAUUCAGAGGAGAGAUGGAGAUUUUACUUCUUACUAUAGACUUCUGUAUAUUUUAAUUUUUACAAAAAAAUGAGUCAUAAAGAAUAAGAAAGAUUCUAUGUGUGAUUUAGAUAUUUAGAAAAUUUAAAGUUUGAGGCUAGGGCCAUUUCGUGACAACCUGAUCAUUUAUUAAUUACAAGUGGACUGAAGUUUCGUAUGCUAAUAGGACUCAGGUGAGACAGCAAGUGAUGAGCAUUUUGCCAAAUUAUACAACCAAGCACUAAGCAAGUUCAAUGCUGUGCUUAAUAAAUUGUGAUAUGUGACAAAGAAAAUAGCUUCUUUUAUCAUCUACUAUUGAUAUCUCACCUUUUUAUUCUGCUUUUUCUCUAAAGAGCUCAAUUAUAAUAAAAGCAUU